AUGCCUGGCUCGAAAGCCACCUUCACCAUCAUACUCGGCAUCCUGUUCGGUUUCACAGUCACCCACUACCUCACCGCCUUCAAAUCUCUCCCCUCUCCGAUAACAUGUGGCACAGAAGAACAGCUCGUCGGAUCCGAGGAUCUUGACAUUAUCAGUUCGAGAGCCGACGCCGAUGUCUUCACGAGAUCACAAAGUCUACCGGGCCAUCGACGGGGUCUGAUACUUGUAGCGAUUAUGACAGCUGCGAAGUAUGUUGACACGCGUGCCUACAACGUUUGGAAGACGUGGGCUCAACACAUUCCGGGAAAAGUUUUGAUUUUCGUUGCGGAAGGAACGGAAUCAAUUCACGAAGAUAUGCCACUGAUUCGGUUGAAAGGAGUCGACGAUACGUAUCCACCGCAGAAGAAAAGCUUUGCGAUGGUCAAAUGGUUGGCUGAAAAUAUGGCAGAUGAGUACGAUUGGUUCUUGCGAGCCGACGACGACCUCUAUAUCAGAGGAGAGGAACUCGCUGCCUUCUUGAGAUCUGUUGACUCAUCGAAAGCUCAUAUCAUUGGACAAGCUGGACUUGGAAAUAGUGCGGAGUAUGGUCUUCUUGCUCUUGGAUCCACGGAUAAUUACUGUAUGGGAGGACCUGGAAUUGUGAUGAGUCGAGAGACUUUAUUAAAAGUAUCUCCUCACCUCGAAUCGUGUCUCCAACACAUGCUCACUUCUCACGAAGACGUCGAGCUGGGACGGUGUAUUCGGAAGCAUGUCGGUGUCGCCUGCACAUGGAACUACGAGAUGCAGAAACUAUUCCACAACAACCAGAGUGCAAUAAAGGAGUCGUAUGCGAAGAAUAUGAAGGAGUUGAAAGAUGCCAUCACACUUCAUCCUAUCAAAGAUCCGGCUGUAAUGAGGAAGGUUCAUUUGAGGAAUCGAGAGAUCAAGUUGAGAGAAGAACGAGCGAAACGAAGUCUUCUCAGUGCUGAAUUGAGUACUGCCAAGGCACAAACUCUCGUGAGAAUGACACCGAAUCGAACCAUCGACUUGACUCCGUGGGAUUAUAUUAACAACAAUAAGAUCCUUUUCUGUACUGAUCGAGUGAACUGCCCUCGGCAUACUGUAGAUUUGAGUAUUAGAACUGAAAUGGCUGAUACGAUCACUCAGCUAUUCGACGAGUUCAAUACGAACGCUCGUCAGAGAGGACGUGUGCUCCAAUUCCAAAGUCUUCAAUACGGAUAUAUGCGUGUUGAGCCCACGAAAGGUGUCGACUACGUUCUCGAUAUGUUGCUUUGGUUCAAAAAGUUCCGUCCGCCAAACCGAACGACCAUCUCUGUUCGUCGUCACGCCUACGUUCAACAAACUUUUGGAAAAUUGAGAAGUCUCGCGGAAGGAUUGUUCCGAUCGAAUAUGCGUGCGAACUCUACACUUAUCGAAAUUCCAACACUACAUAUGAUCAUGCCGUUGAGAGGAAGAGCUGCGAUUUUCGCGAGAUUUGCUCAGCAUCUGAAGAGUAUUUGUGCUAGAGGAGGAGACGAUUUGGCGGUUUCAUUGACGAUCGUACUGUAUUCAAGUGAUGAUGAAAUGGAGAAUAGAGAAACGAUCGAAAUGCUCCGCGCAAGCUCAAUCCCAGUAUCUGUCAUCGAGAUGGGCGACGUCGCCUUCUCACGUGGAGUCGCUUUGAUGCGUGGCGCUGAAACUCUUCCAGCUAACGCUCUUCUUUUCUUCACUGAUGUCGAUAUGCUCUUCACGUGUGACGCUUUGAAACGAAUCAAGUCGAAUACGAUUCUCAACGCCCAAAUCUAUUUCCCGAUCGUUUUCUCCGAGUUCUCACAUGAAAGUUGGUCUGAAAACGACAAGUUGUUGGCGGACGCGUUCCAUUACGGACGAGGACGUGGAUAUUUCAGACAUUUCGGAUAUGGACUCGCAGCGAUGUAUAAAGCUGAUCUCAUGGAUAUCGGAGGAUUUGACACAAAAAUCGAAGGAUGGGGUAAAGAAGAUGUCGAUUUGUUUGAGAAAGCCAUCAAAAACGGUCGGCUCCGAGUGAUUCGUUCUCCCGAACCUGGCCUCGUUCACAUCUACCAUCCGAUUCAUUGUGACGAGAAUAUGCCAACUGCUCAAAAAGAUAUGUGCCACGGAUCGAAAGCAGCGAGUCUUGCUUCAAUCGAUACACUUGUCGAGCAAAUUGCACAGUACACAUGA